AUGUCUAGCACAAUCUUCGACUGCAAGUCCAUCACCGUGAUGGCAUUCCUCUUUAUGGGAUUAGCCAUUGGGGCUCCCAUGGAUCCUGAUGAAACCAUCACUUCUCAAGCCCUUGUCAAUCCAAGCCAGUGGAAUAACACACACAGUCCCGCCGUAGCCCAGGCUUUUGGUGGUGACCUAACAUGGUACCAUACCGGGCUUGGAGCAUGCGGCUGGUACAAUAACGGGGGAGACCACGUUUGCGCCGUGUCUCAUAUUGUCUAUGACCGCGAGAACGUAGACGGCAAUCCCAACCACAAUCCACUUUGUGGUCGGCCAAUCCAUAUACAACGGGGUGACAGGGGCGCAGAUGUCACUCUCGUGGAUCGUUGUGAGGGAUGCGGGGAGUUUGACAUCGACGUCACCCGUGCUGUGUUCGAGGCACUCGGUGACCUCGAUGAGGGCCGGGUUCGCACUGAUUGGUGGUGGAUAUAG